AUGUCCAAUCGACGAACUUCCAGUGAUCGGCCUCGUGGCUGGUCACAAGAGUCUAGCAGCUCUCAGGAAGAAGUCAUCCUUUAUCGAGGCAACCGCAUCGUCAACGCACCCGAACGACAGCCUACCAUCCCGCCUUCUGAAAGCCGUGCCCAGCAAGACGAGGGCUUCGCUCGAUUCCUCAAAAAACACUCUUCUCCUACCCACCAACGCGUCACUGCUGGUGGUCGGAUCGUGCCAAUGGAACAGCGAACACGCCCUCCCGUCUUCUCCUUGCCACAAGCCAACCAAGGCCCAGAAGCAGACCGCAAGAGCAACGCAGGCGACGAAAUAAAUGGGGUCACCAAGCCAAGCGCUACCCAGAGCCAGGCAAAAGAAGUUGUGACGGACAAAAACGCCCAUCAGCUGCUGCCACAGUCACAUGCUUAUGUGUCUGGCAAUGUUGGGAUUGCGGACGCUUGCGAGACCACGACAGCCACCAAUGCCAAUAUCAUAGCCCCAAACAAUGUCUUCGCCUAUGACGGUGUCCACCAUCAGCCAAAUUACCUGCAAGCUGUGACAUCUGCACCUUAUUAUGCAGCGGUACUGGGGGAUGCGUACCUUGUGCAGAAUCCUCCGAUGUACGCAGGCGGCGCCAUGCCCUUGGGCGGCUUCAACAACCCUGUUGGCCUGGCCUUCCCAAUACCAUAUGUCCCCAAUGCCCAGAUGUUAGGUCUUCCACCUUCGUGUGGUAUCACCACGACUCCCACUGAGCCUCAACUUCCCGAAAACGUAUAUGGUCAGCAUAUGCUUGCUGAAAGCACUGCAAACUUUGAGCAACUUGAUCGACAACUCAAAGCCAUCGAUCGCCAUCGCGCUAUGACGGAUUCGGACCCAUCCCUGAGGGAUCACCGCAUUGCCAUCGUCCAGUUGCGAGCAGAAGCAAAAACAAUGAUGACCUACUGGGCGAAGCAGCUGGGGCUCGACUCUAAAGCGCUUCCGGAAAAAGCCACUUGUCCGUCAAGCAGCACUCUCAAUGUGAAAGCUGCUACAUACGUUCCGCUUAGGACCCACCCGUCUCCUGAAACAUUAGCCGCCAGCACUGGCAACGGAUUAGUCCCCAAGGGCAUGCAAUUCGAGAUUGAGAGGCCGAAGUUUGAUGUGAGGAGUGCUCGUCGUCCAAUUCCAAUUGUGCCACCUCCAGAGGAAUUGCCAAGCCCAAAGAAGGACGCCGAAGAGAAGUUUGAAUCAAAGACUGAGUCAAUCGAGGUUGACGAAUGGGGCCUCCGCCUCGGGCCACCGCCACCUGAGAUCCAACGCCAACAGAGUCAGAUGUUGGAAAGAUUGUCACGUGAAGCCAGCAUCUCUCCUCUGGGCUCCGGUGAGAACGCAGUCAUCAUCACCCCGGAGCCAAGCUCCCAUUCAGUCAGUCCUCAGGAGAACCUUAUUGAGGCCCUGGAGGCCAAGGCGAUGGUCGAAAUCAGCUCAGAAAGUGAGGAGUGGCUGCCAACUAAGCCUGGUCGUGCCCCACCGACUGUGGAAGCUUGCUAUGAGCUCCAGCUAGAUGCCAUGCGACUUCCUCCCGGGGUAACGAGCAAAGUGCGGUUGCCAGAUGGUUCAGUGACCGAGGUUCGGGGUCGUGGAUUACAGCGUCCACCAUCGUUUGAGAUGGACGAGUUUGAGAAGCGCUACUGGACAAAGAAGCCCAUCGUGACCAAGGAGAUGUGGAACAAUUUUGUUGAGGUACGAGCUUGUGAAGGUGUUCCGAAAAUUGUCGACACUCUUAAGUUCGAAGCUCUCAGGUUGGAAAGCAACGAAAGCCAGAUGAAAGAGAACGCCAGAGAAGGGUCGCUGAGCCACAGCUCCGAAGCGUCCAACGGUAAUAGCAGCGAUUAUAAGAAUGUGGCCAAGGAUGCGACCAAUGGCCAGAACAUUGUCCGUGGAUUUACUCGCCAAGACUACAGGUCCGCAGCUGAGCCCUCAGCUGGUUCUGAGCCAUGUGUGUCAAUCCUUAAGCAAUCAUCGGCAUCUUCACCCUCGAUGUGGUUGCGAGGAGAAGACAGAGCUGGAUGGGUCUCCAACGAGCAUUUGAGGAACGGCCGAAUGACGGGAUCGGAGGCUCUGAGCAGCAAAGGCGUGUCAUCCGUUUCUAUCCAGAAUAUUCAUGCGAUGGGCCGUCUGCCACACUUGUUGGAUGGUACCAGUGAGGGCCAGAGACUUUCGGCGAAAUCGAUGCUCUCUGCGGCAAGCAAAGCCGCCAGUCCACGUCUGACGCCGCGUCCAGUCCUCUUAUCUCCCGAGGGAUUUUAUGAGUCAUAUCUUCACGAGUCUCGCGGUGUCCCCAUGGAAGGCAACGAUGGUUUCCUGGCCCAAGUUCCGAAAAAGGAGGAAAUGUAA